UCUCUUUUGCUUUGGCUUUGCUUGGCCUGGCCUUCUUCUCCUUUUGCCUUUUCAUUAUUCUUUAUUUCUAUGUUCCGCUUGCUCUCAUGCGGUUUCCCAUUAUUCACCGCAACUAAAAAGCUAACCCAGGUUUCUAACUACCCCUUUUGCCUUUUUCGUUUACACCAUGAGUUCCCAGUCGUCAUCUCUUUGAAGAGGGCGUUAUUUGGCAGCUCGGGCAGCAAUCGUUUUCUUGCACCACAAACAUAUGCAUGUUUUGUCUCCACGAUUGACAUUAAAGUAAAGAGCCAUGCAAAGGGAGAAUAAUUCAUCCCUCUCAUCAGCAGCUAGUCCUCGGGUUCGGCACCGUAAACGAUCUAAUGAGGCCAUUCCUGAACCUAGCAAAGCAAAUGGCGGAAAAUUGCUUGUUGAUGACCGUAACAAAUACAAAUCAAUGUGGAUCCGGACAUACUCUACCGUUUGGAUGAUUGGGGGUUUUGCAUUAAUUGUCUACAUGGGUCAUCUCUAUAUUACAGCUAUGGUGGUGGUUAUCCAAAUAUUUAUGGCAAAAGAGCUGUUCAAUUUACUCCGUAAAGCACAUGAAGAUAGGCAUCUUCCUGGAUUUAGGCUGUUAAAUUGGCACUUCUUUGUCACUGCAAUGUUAUUUGUUUAUGGUCGCCUUCUCAGUCAACCACUCGUCAAUACCAUAACUUCAGAUAAGUUUUUGUAUCAGUUUGUCUGCAGCCUUAUCAAGUACCAUAUGGCUAUCUGUUACUUCUCAUACAUUGCAGGUUUUAUAUGGUUUAUUCUUACAUUGAAGAAGAAGAUGUACAAGUAUCAGUUUGGCCAGUAUGCAUGGACACAUAUGAUUCUGAUUGUGGUGUUCACUCAGUCAUCCUUUACUGUGGCCAAUAUCUUUGAAGGAAUUUUUUGGUUUCUUCUUCCAGCAUCACUUAUCAUUAUCAAUGACAUAUUUGCUUAUAUCUUUGGUUUCUUCUUUGGGAGAACCCCCUUAAUCAAAUUAUCUCCGAAGAAAACAUGGGAAGGAUUUAUAGGAGCAUCCGUUACAACUAUCAUCUCCGCAUUUGUGCUUGCAAAUAUAUUGGGUCGUUUUCAGUGGCUAACAUGUCCGAGGAAGGAUUUAUCAACUGGUUGGCUUCAAUGUGACCCAGGUCCAUUGUUUAAGCCAGAGUAUUAUACUUUACCGGGAUGGAUUUCUCAAUGGUUUACUUGGAAAGAGAUCUCUGUUUUGCCGGUUCAGUGGCAUGCUUUAUGCCUUGGCUUGUUUGCAUCAAUUAUAGCACCAUUUGGGGGCUUUUUUGCUAGUGGUUUCAAAAGAGCUUUCAAAAUCAAGGACUUUGGUGAUAGUAUUCCCGGGCACGGUGGAAUUACAGAUAGAAUGGAUUGCCAGAUGGUGAUGGCAGUAUUUGCAUAUAUCUAUCUCCAAUCAUUUGUUGCACGUGAAGGCAUCACAGUUGAAAUGAUCUUGGACCAGAUAUUGACGAACUUUAGUUUUGAGGAACAACAAAGUCUUUUGAUAAAACUGGGGCAGAUCUUGCAGGAUAGAGUUGCAUAUUCUUAAAUUUAUUGUUUGCCUUUAUAAUUUUGUUCCUUUCUCCAACAAAAAAAAAUUGCUUUUUGUAUAUGGUGUUGUGUAAUUCAUAUUUUUAGGCAAGAGGUAAUUUUUUUUGUGUGUGGGUAGGCUUUGCAUACAUAGUCAGUGUAUGUUCAUUUAAUUAUUAAUCAGUUAACUAUUGUACAUGAAAGAUGAAAUUUUUAUUAGUGCAUAUUUAUAAUCCGUUAAA